CCAGUCAUGUUAUAAAGGACGCUUUCGAGGCAUCGAUUGUCGGCAGUUCCAUCGGCCUUUACAAGCAACCCAGCAGCUUCACCAAGGUGCUGAGUAAUGCCUAUGGCAGCCGUGAAAGUACCCAUGCACGAGAAAGCCAUCCCAUAUCUACUCGAGCUGACUUAUUAAGUCUGGCUAAAAAAGAAUCUUGCAUCUAUUCAAUUAGCGACAACGUCCAUUGCGCUCCGUAUCUGUCGUCGGUCUGUUCAGAUUUCUAUCACUACCUUGCCAUAAAGCACGCCGACUUAUAUCUGUCCUGGGCAGUCUACUUGCCGUGGACACUGUAUAAGUAUCUAAAAAGUUUACUCGAUGCAUUCUGUAAUAUUUCCUGUAAGGACUGGGAAUGCAGCAGAUGCACGCACGGCGACAAAUGCAAACCGGGGAAGCAUGGUGUAGGAUACAGCUGUACUUGCAAAGCACUAGUACACUGUCGUGGCGUUAUGAGCACAUUCUACAGUUACGGAUUCGCAUUUGGCAACCCUCAAACACUGUUAGCCACGGAUGGCAGGAGAUAUUGCCACAGUUUCUACAACCAGCUGAAUAAUGUCUUAAACUCUGUUUGUUUCAAGGACCUCCUCCAAAAGUGCGACGAAUUCAUUUUCACCAUCAGGCAGCCGUUCAUAUGGCUCAACGUGGCACUGUGGUCCCUCUCCCUCUUCUACCUCAUCUGCGUGAUGGUUGGCAGGCUGGAUGUGCUCCACAUACGCUCACAUCUGCGAACACCGUCGUCGCACAGGAUAACGGCGCAGUCAUUGUUGGCUGCAGCGCAAGUCGGAAGGCUUGCCAAGAUAUCGUAUCUACAACCGUAA